UUUUUUUCUCUGUUAGCAUGGAGGAGUCUAUGUAAAAAGAAGUGCCAAAUUCAAUGAAAAAGAAAUGAGAGAUAAGCUGCGGGCACAGGUGAAAGCUGAGACUCCGAUGUAUUUAGUGAUUUUUCCAGAGGGGACUCGUUACAAUCCAGAGAUACCAAAAGUCAUUGCAGAUAGUCAAUCAUUUGCUGAAAAGGAAGGACUUGCUAUAUUAAAGCAUGUGCUAACACCACGUGUGAAGGCAACUCAUGUAGCCAUUGAUACAAUGAAAGACUAUCUGGAUGCAGUGUAUGAUGUGACUGUAGCUUAUGAAGGUACUGUGGACCACAAAGGGCAAAGAAAACUGGCACCAUCUAUGACAGAGUUUCUUUGCAAGGAAUGCCCAAGAGUUCAUGUUUUCAUUGAUCGAAUUGAACUGAAGGACAUUCCAGAAGAGCAGAUGUAUAUGAGAAGGUGGCUUCAUGAACGUUUUGAAAUAAAGGAUAAGUUACUAAUAGAGUUUUAUGAUGCGAAGGAUUCUAAAAGAAGAAAUAAGUUCCCUGGAAAAAGUGUUCAUUCCAAACUAAGCCUCAAGAAAACUUUGCCAUCUUUGCUGUUUUUAGGUGGCCUGACUGCUAGUAUGCUUCUGACAGAAUCUGGAAGAAAACUUUAUGUAAAAACAUGGAUAUAUGGGACUUUAAUUGGCUGCCUGUGGGUUAGCAUUAAACCAUAAGCAGAUGUUAGUCUCCAAUCAGUGAAAUGUGCAGUCUUUUCUUGCACAUUGCACCAAACAUUUUCCUGACUUUAUAGUAAAAAAAGAAAUGUAAAUAAAGCCUUAUUGAUC